CAAAAAGCAACAUGGCCGCAACAGACGUCUGUCCGUCAGAACAGAACGCCCGAGAGCAGAGCACUAUAAUAGUGCUUCCUCUUCUCGGAGCCAGUAUAGCUCGUACGUGCAUGUGAUCGCGUUUAUUAAUUAGUACUCGCCCCUGCAUUCUGCGUAAACGAAACUCGACGCACGUGAAACUCGUCGAGGAAAAGUCCCUCGCGCGCAUCGAAUCCGCCGUUUUCUCCAUGAUCGCUCCCAUGCGUCUAGCAGCAGCGGACAGGAGGACGACCCAGACGACGACGAAAGAGUAUUCCUUGUGCACCUCAGCUGCAGAGCAGGUAAUGCGUAAUUUAACCUUGGCCAGCUGUCUCUUGUAUUAUUCCCCAUCGCCUAUAUAUAUCCUACCUCUCGUGCAACGGCGAGUCUGGACUUGGGCGCGCAGUUUCUUUCCUUGGCUCUCGUUUUCUUUCUCUCGUGAAAUUACUUUUCUAUAGAUUCUAUAGAUCUGUGCACUUAUAUGCCUAGCUGCAACUUCCUACUGUAUGCGCGGGACUCGAGCCGUGUCUUGUUUGCUGCAUCCUCAGGUUUUUGUGUCUAACGUGUGCCUUGGGUCCUUUGUUCGAGACAAAACUCGCGCGCGUCGUUUACGGACGUUAGUGGCGACGCGAACUUUUAGAUUAGACUAUACUUGCCUUGGCUAUUUUGUCCGUUUUGUUUGGGUUUUUCUCGGAUGCCUUUGGCAGUCGUGGUUUUAAAUUGGAUUUUGAAAAAUAAACCUAACGCGAUGUAGCUGUAGUUCCUCGAGCACUACACUUGUUUGUCAAUUAUAACCUCGAAACGCUAUUUUUUCUUUUUCUAAAUUGAUUAUAUAGGUCCGAUUUGAUUAGAUUAUAUCUGAUGCAACCCUUUGCAAUGUAUUUCUAUUAUUUCGUUGCAAGUUGAUUAAGCAAACCAGCCUGUGCAUGCAACAAAAUUUGAUGCUCAGGCAUGCGUUGUCCCAACACGGAUGUGUCAUCAUUUCUUCGAAUGCUAACAUCUCCCAUUUCAGUUCAUACCCACUAAUGGUUACCAAGUAAUAUUUCUUGAAAAAUCAUCAAUCCAUGGGUAAAUUAAUGUUUCAUGAUUAACCAGUGUUUUUAUUAAGGUUACUAAAUAUCCUAAACUCUGGUUUGUGCAGCUCAUUGCCUAGUCCCUCGUCGUUGUACAAAAAUAAUUAGCCUAGAAAUUGCUCUCUUCCAAGUAUAUAUAGUGUGAUGUUAUGCAUAUUGCCUGGAGAACGAGGAAUGGCCAGUGACUUGUCCAGUGGGUGUACAGAGGUCAAUGAUAUCUUGGAUGAUGAAAAGGAGGAGGGUGAGAUAUCCCUCGAAGAUGUCAGUUCAUCAGAGGAGGGACCAACUUGCAAAUAUCUGCCCAGAGCGUUUGGACAGUGCAGAUAUUGCCUGUCGACUCAUCAAUGUGCCACUUGGUGCAGCAGCUUGACAGUUAAUAAAAUUAACAUGAAACGAGGUCUGCAAGGUAAGGAGAAUCGCAGCAACCAGCGCUACCACAAGGAUGGCCUCGAAGUUCCCAUUCUCGGCAACAGCUCCAGCUCCAAAAGUAUUCCCUACAGCAGUAGCACUCUCCAGGAAAAGAACGAUGACGACCCGCUCGGCCCAAUAAUCAACAGCGACCUGAUCCCGAUCUCGAGCGACAGUGACAUGGAAGUAGUGGGUUUGACGUCCGAAAAACAUGAGAAGAAAUCGAGUCGUAGACGCAAGCUGCGCAAGAAGCGACGGAAGAAAUCGCCAGAUACGCUGUCCCUGUCGCUGUCGCCUAAUUCUCAGGAUUUUGAGCUAUUUUUUAAGGAUUCGACUCAUCGAAUCGAAAGGGACAAGCUCGAGUCCGGACAUACCAAGUAUCGUCACCACCACUCGCCAAACCGAAGAAAACUUGCCUCGAGACUUUCGCCUCCGUCGAGAAGACGCAACCGAUCGCCACUUGCAAACAGAUCAGACAGGCGAAGGACCAGGUCGCCUUUGAAAACUUCGCCGUCGCGCUCCAGGAAAACAGUCCAGAAAAAAUCUCGGACGCUCGAGAACGGCAGCCCGGUGAAGCAAUCGUUUAAUAAGCUUCUGAAAAAGGUCCGCCACCUCGAAACUUGUAGUCGAAGCAGAGAGAAGGGAUCGUCGCUCCAAGAUAAACUUAACAACAUGAUUAAGCAAGACAAGAAGGAGUCUAGCGCGCCCGUCGAAAAAAGCAAGGAGCCUUCGCACGUACCUACUCUAAGCGAGGAACCCAAGCCAGCCGUCAAAGAUAAAGCAGAAGAAAAAGAAGAUAUCACUAAGAAGCCUAUCGUGGUAGAGGAGAAGAAUAACAACGAUAACAACAACAAAGAGGAGGACGAAGAAGAUUUGGUGAUACUGCGUCAAAUAGCUUUAGAGACCAAGGUUAAGAAGAGCGUCGCACUUAUCAAACCCGAGGACAUCAAGACCGAGCCAGUCGACGAGCCAUCGGCACCAGCACCACCUCCUCCGCAGGAACCGCCUCCGCCAUUACCUUCUCCGAAGCUUUCCGAGCCAGCUCAACCGGAGCAGCCGCAACAGCCGCAACAAUCUCAAGAAAAGGCAGAAGACAAAGCAGAGCACAAACUCCCCAACUUCUGCAUGGAUGACAACGACGAAGACCUGGAGCUCCGCAUGAUUGCCCUGCAUUCGGCCGUCCUUAAGAAGCACCGAACGCGCAUCGCUAGGGGACGGCGUAAAAGGCUCGAGGCGACUGUGCCGCGCAUAGAAAGCCCUUUCACAUCGUCCUUCCUCGAGGACUUCCCCAUGCUGGCGGAGAUCUGCAGUCCCACUUCGCCGCUCGGCUCGAAGCGCGAUAUCCUCUUGGCUGAAGACAUGGAGCUCGACUCGGACAUGGAGCUAGAGACGCUCAGCGAGCCCGAAGAUCACUCGCCUUACUCGCCCAGCGACGACAUCACCGGCGACAUGUUGCUUGAUCACGAUAUCGUGCAACCCGUCCCCGUCCCUCCUGUAGCCGUUCAACCGAUUGGCAAGAACAGAAGCCUCUAUUCGCCGUCGAACCCCACCGAGACACCUGCCUCCGCCAUACAGCAAACGACGAAACAGCCGGAAGUAAGCAGCCUGGACGGCAGCAUACUGGAAUUCACGAGCCAAGAAUCGAGGCCUUACUCGCCGUCGGACGCCACCGUUUACGACCCCGACCUGCCCGGGGUACACUCGCCAGUCAAAAGCACUACCCUCACGACAACAACGCCGACAGGUUUGGCGUCUAUGCCUCUCCAACCGCCUCCUAUGCCACCUCUUAGCAUGUUCGGGCCUCAGCAGCCUAUGCUCCUGGGCUGCCCGCCUAGUAUGCUCAAUGCCUUUGGCGAUCCGAUAGCUAUGGUGCCGUCGUCUAUGGUCGCCAGUUUCCCGGCGCUCCACCAGUCUGUAAACCCACUGCUACUGCCCGCUGCACCACCACUGUUUGCCUACCCGACUGCUCAUCCGGCUGCAGUGUCGAUACCAGCGCCGCAGCCGCAGGCACAACCACAGCAGCCACCAAUUCCUUCCAAGCCCGAAAGCAACGAGCUGGACGACUUUAUGGAAACGGAUCUAGACGGUAGUCCUCUGGUGCCAAUUGAGAAGGACGGCAACGAUCAGAGGUGGCAGCUCCUGGGCGAACCGCUCUACCUACAAAACGUGCCUGAACUCACGCAGUCCGAGCACAGCAAACUUCCUACCCUGAUGGAGCGCAGUCUCGUACCCGCAGCUGUACUGCGCUGCAACAAGCAGCUUCAGAAGCAACCGCCCAAAAGACCCAUGCCUCCGGUCGGUGAGGCUCUGUUCAGAAAUGCAGAUAUGAGGCCAGUGGCGCUCGUUGAGGAGACGGAUGUUAGAGCCGCGAGUUUUAAGCCUAUUAAACUGCAGGCUCAGCCAAAGAAGAGCGUGAUCGCGCAACCGGCAGCUGCUUUCAAUUCUACGCUGGAUGAUAUCGUCGAAAAAGAGGAGAAGCCGAGCAAAUCGACGAAGGAAGUGGAAGAGAAGAAGGAGGAAUCGCGGACAUCGUCCAGGAAGAAAGAAGCCAUCGAGACAACAUACAGCAAAUGCAAGAGCAAGAAACCCGUAAGCAAACACAAGAGCAAAGAGCUAGACUCGAGCAGGCAAUCGAUGAGAGAGAUGCUCAAUGAAAGGCGUAAGGAUCUGAGUCGACGAGUCAGGGAGCGGAGCUGCAGACUGUCUAGGGCGAGGAGCGUUAGCAAGAACAUCAGCAAAACUAAGAAGAUCGAAGAAACGACGACAAAAGAGAUAUCAAAGAGCGACGACAAGAAGCGAAGAAGCAGCGUCGAAGACGACGAGCAAGCGCUCAGGGAAAGCCUGUUGGCUUCUCUGGCAAUGAAAGCAAAGGAGCCACAGCCGGCUGCUGUUCCGAAACCUCCUUCGCCUGAAAAAAGUCCUGCGACUCGUAAGCCAUCCGCAGAAAGCGUUCCAAAAUCCACCGAUGAAAUGCCCCUGGCUGAAAGAGUUAGCGCUUUCCUUGCUAAGAGCAAGGAAAAAGAUUUGAAAAAUGGGACAGCUCCCGUGUCAGCUACUGUGUCUAAGGCGACUGGAACGAACCAGUUGAAGAGGGUUUCGGAGCCAUUGUCAGAAGCUUCGCUACCGCCGCGCAAAAUUAUAAAGCGGGUGGCAAGUAUGACACCGGCUUCGAAGGUCGUCAACAACGCCAAGCGCUACCAAAAUCUGAUGCUUCAGCGCAAACUGACUCAGCAGACAGGAUCACCCGCCAUAAAAAGUCGCUUUAAGCUCAAUCACACUAGUCACGCGCGCUCAGUUAGUCCAGUAGUCACCAAAUCCAGCAACGAAAUUCAUAGAAUCAUUAUAAAUCUAAACGAGGACACGGAAAGCGAAUCCGAAACAGAAGAGGCUAGAUCAAAUGUCAGUCCGGUAAAAGUCCGACCUACACUGAAUAUACCUACGACAGACUUCGAGAAGAGCGUUGAUCAGUUUUUAAAGAACGCAAGACAGCAGCAAGAGAUGGCCUCAACGGUGAACAAGAACGUUGUCUCAGCUAAACCGAUGAAGAAUAAUCCGCUACCCAUGGGUCCCCCGCCGAUUAGCACCCCGAGUGCCAGCCAAGCUGUCACUGACAACACGAAUAUCACAACUGCCAAAAUAACUGUUGCCACUCCACCGGUUGACGGAAGCAUUGGAAGCAUUGUUUCUACGACUGCUGAUUCUGUAAGCAUUGCUAAGAAUAAAGUUGUCACGCCAAAAGUUACGAAGACAACUUCCAAGUUGCCAAGCAACGCCACCGCCACACCAACGGCUGUAAAACAUCUUACGCUAGCGCAGCAAGAAGAAUACCGGCUCUUAAAGCAGAUUAUACAGGAACGUGAAAAAACCAAAGAGUCAACUUCCACAACUUCACAGUCCCAACCCACGUUGGAAAAAAUCACUACUGCGCCCUCAUCUAGUCCUCUCUCAGCGUCGUCGUCGCCGCCGUCAUUGUUACCGACAUGCACGUCGUCUGCAUUGUACUCGUCUACGCCAAAAGCUGUCGCAAAAGUUGCGCUGUCACCGACCACUAGCAUCGCUUCUUCGCUUCCGGUGAAGCCGCACGAACAGGUUCUAGGGCAGAAUGAAUCCGUGCCAAAGAAACAGUCAGUGGCUACAAUAAGUCCAAUAUCCAAGCCAAGCGUUGAGAGCAUAAAAGUUCCUCUAGCAUCAAGCAAGCCAUUGAAAAUAGGCGUCCCCUCUACGAAAAUUAUACAUGUCUCACCCAGCAUUAGCCAGAGUAAUACUUUAAAUAAAACUGCCGCCGUUAUUACUACUACUUCAACUAGCAAAGCUAGUGCUGUAGCGGGUACAGAAAGCACAGCUACUACCUUGAAGCUUACACCGCAAUCGAACAAUAACAUGCUUCUCGGCAUGAUUAGCGAUAGUAUAAACCGCCAACGUCAACAAAUUUCGGAUGCUGCUCAAAAAGUUUCUACGCUCACAAUACUAACCAAGGAGCAAAUUAAUCUCAAGACUUCUCAAAUUCAACAAACAAAAUUAAACUCGGAAGGCAAUGUAGUUAUGGACGAUUUGAAUAAAAUAGGAAAUAACCUAUCUAUUACCAGUAAGAGAUUUACUGGCGAAACUAAUAAAGCGCAAAGUACAAAGAAUAUAGAAAAUGUGAACACGAAAAGUGCACUGAAGAAUGAUCCGAGAAAGGAUUGUUCGUCUGCAGAUACUUCACAAGAUAAAACAAAACAAAAUUGGGAAAAUUUUAAAGAAGUGGUCAAUGAUGAAGUUCAAGCCCUUUCUCAUCUCCCCGCACAGCAGCAGAAAGAGCUACUGUCCAAGACUGAAGAAAGUUUAAUCGAAAAAAGACGUUCCGUCGUUGAUGACAUUGCUGAAAUGUCGUUAAAACUCCGAGAGUGGGAGAUAGAAAGAGAUUUACAAUAUAAAUACAACGAAGAAGCGAAAAAGCUGCGAGAAGAAUUAAGAAAGGUUGAGGGAAAAAUACAGCAACAGAAAGAUAAACUCAAUACAAUUCAGCCUCAAGUGUCGCUGUAUCACAAAAAAAUUAACAGCGGUCGAAAAGAAUGUUUUAAAUUGUCAAAAAUAUGUGAUAGCCUGGGACAGAAAAUUAUUGGAUCUAAUUACAACGUUCCCACAGCAGGAGCUGAAAUAUUAAAUAAUAGGAUAAAAGAAGUCGUUAAGCAUACUCAGAAAUUGCAAAACAAAAAGACUCAGUAUACAGAUACGGUUCAGAAUAAUUUUGGCAAGAGUGGUAACACUAGUGGUAAAAAGAAUUUUAAACCUAAUAAUAACCUUUCCAAACGAAAAGAAAUCGUUAAACAACCUAGUUUAAAUAACAAUAAAAUUGGUGUUCUCUCGUCAAAUUCCACUAACAUAAAUAGUGCUUCGAAAAAUGAACCAAGUUCAACAGUGAGCAAUAACAUAAACACGUGUACUAAUGAAAAGAUUAUCAUUAACCCCAAAAUUAAAAAUGAUCCCAUUGAUACAAGUACUGAGAAUUCGAACGCCAACACUAAAUGCACGGUUGCUAAUAAUAAUCCAUUCACGUCCACAGAACGUACAAAUUUGGUUUUACAUUUAAAUGACACUUCUAAUUUAGAAACUAUAACAAAUAGUAAUAUUUCAAACAUUAUCUUAACUGCAGAUUCUAUUGUCAAUCUUAAAACUGAAAAUGUAUCAGUUAACUUGAAUAGUGAUAACGAAAUUAAAAAAUUAAAUCAAACUUUCAAUGAUAAAAUUGAUAAACGAUUGCGGGAUAAUGAGAACAUAAUCUUAUGUUCAGAAAGUACUGACAAUGCAGGAUCUUUAACGAAAAACAAUUUUAUUAAAGCAAAUUUAACGAUGUAUAGUUCAAAAUCGGAAUCAAUAACAAACGUAAACAGCCCUAAUGAUUUCGACAAUCCAAGAUCUAUAAUACAACGUGGUGUAGAAAAUUCGGCCUCAAAUGCUGCUAGUAGUGAAAAUGAAAAUUUACCAACUGGAAUAAAUGUUAUUCAAACAAUUUCAAAUGUAGAAAAUACUGAAAAUCAGACGCUACAAACAGUUUCAAUUAAAAAUAACAUUAUUAAAACUGAAACUGAGGAAACCGCACCAGAAAGUAUAGAAGUUCCAACUACAGUUGAAGAAAAUAGAUCAGUGGAAACAUAUAAUCCAAAUUUGAGUACUUCUAAUGCGCCAUCUGAAAAGUUAAACAACGAAACUGCAAUUCAGAAAAUGGCAUUAGAUUCUGACAAUGCUACCAAUGAUUCUGAUACGCGAAUAUCUUUUAGCACAAAUAACGUUGAUAAUAACAUCAAUAUCGAUGACGACGAACUGAUGGAAACAAAUAAUAAAAUAGACGAAAUCAAAAUAAAACUUGAAGUAGAAGAUCAUACGAGUAACGCAUCCGAAAUCCAUAAUAAUAUUGACAAUUCAUUAAGUUCAAUGAGUCUAAUUCAUGUGCCCAAAAUAGAAGAAUCAGUCUUGCCUAGGAAAAAAUCACGACACUUUAAAUCUGCCAUAAAGAGGAAACCGACAAAAGCUCAACAGCGAAAAAUGUAUAACAAGCAGAAACAGCAAUUGAAGGUAGCCGAAAACUUUGCGAAAGGUUCAGAAGAUUCCAAAAAGAAAAGCAUUCAACCUUAUGAAUCAGUGCUAAAACCUCUUCGGGCACCGCGGAACAACACCAAUGGAUUCCUGUGUCCUUUUGAAAUGCAGGGCACCUGCAAUGAUGGAGACUGCAAAUACAUUCAUUCGUCACUCCGCUAGUCAUUAUCAAUAAGCUUUUUAUGGCUAAAGCACGUGGAAUAUUUUUUAUACGUAAGGUGGUUCUAAUUUGUAGACAGGUGUCAAAGCGCCCUAUGUUAUUUUUGUAUAUUUAGAUUUCUAUAUGAUGACAUGUUGUUAUCAUCAUCAUUUUAAUCGUAAAUUGAGAAAUUUCUAAUCUUUUUUAUUAUUAAUUCUUGUAAUCAGUAGCUUCUUUAGAACAUAAUUUUUUGAGUGAGGACAAAACAGUGAAUACGCCUCUUCGUUUUAGCAAUGGAACCUUGAUUAUGCAUUUGAUUUCAGAUAUUCAGCGUCUUCAUCCGAAUCACUUCGAGACAUGCAAAAGAGCGUUGCUGGACGUAUCAUUUUUUCUUCAUUUCUGAAGAUUGGUAAGUCGCCUUCGUAACUCACGGGAUCUCUUUUUGCGGUGUUUUAGUACUAAUCGUUUCUCAAAUCUCUAUAAAAUUUUAUGUCGGACGACAAAUUGUUUUACGAUAAAUUUUUUCUUUUUUUAUUACCGAAUGCGCAUUAUUUUUUUCGCACGAAGUUGAUCGUUAGUGUUACGAAUAUUAAAUUAAUCAUUAUUAUUAUAUUAUACUAUUAUUAAUAUUUUUAUUAACUUUACAAUGUGUAUAAUUGCUAUAAAUAUGUAAAAAGGACAUCGUAUAGUGGUAAAAAAGUGCAAGUUGUUAAAAAAUGUAAAUAUUUCCCUCGCAAUGAAAAAAAUAUAUCGAGAUUAAUGAAGCUCCUGAAGUGGAUGACCUAAGAUGCGAGAAAAACGCAGUGAUGACUUCGAUUAAUGUAUAGUAAAAGUGCAUAAAUACCUCAUAGAAGUUAAGUGGAAGGUGUACGUGUAAGAAUAAAAGUUGAUAAUUUUUUUAA